CGUCACUUCCGGCCCGAGAGAUUCGCAUCCGGGUGAGGCGGAGCCUCUCACGCUCAGUGACUGGCCGGGCUGCCGCGCUGUCCGCGCUGUCUCCUCCCGGUGAGAGCCAGCCGCAGUGUCCCCCGGCGCGGAGCCACCCGUCCCGGGCGAAGAAAGACGGGGAGGGGGCCCGGGAGCGGGCGGCGGCCGGGCUGGGCCGCGCCGGCGCGGGGCGGCGCCUCUGUUCCGCCGCCGGCCGCUGGCUCCGGGAACUGGGUGCCGGCGCCGAGGGGCUGCCCGCGGACGGCGACCCCCCGCCCCGGCUCCCUGCCCGCCCCCCCGGGGAGGGCGGAAGAUGCCGGUGAAGAAGAAGAGAAAGUCUCCCGGGGUGGCACCCGCCGUGGCGGAAGACGGAGGCCUCAAAAAGUGCAAAAUCGCCAGCUAUUGCAGAUCCCAACCCCCUGCUAGACUAAUAAGUGGAGAGGAGCAUUUUUCAAGCAAGAAGUGCCUGGCUUGGUUUUAUGAGUAUGCAGGUCCUGAUGAAGUUGUAGGGCCAGAAGGAAUGGAAAAAUUUUGUGAAGACAUUGGUGUUGAACCUGAAAAUAUUAUUAUGUUAGUUUUAGCGUGGAAAUUGGAGGCUGAAAGCAUGGGAUUUUUUACCAAGGAAGAAUGGUUAAAGGGAAUGACUUCAUUACAGUGUGACUGCACAGAAAAGUUACAGAACAAGUUUGACUUUUUGCGCUCACAGUUGAAUGAUAUUUCGUCAUUUAAGAAUAUCUACCGAUACGCCUUUGAUUUUGCAAGGGAUAAAGAUCAGAGAAGCCUUGAUAUUGAUACUGCUAAAUCUAUGUUAGCUCUUCUGCUUGGGAGGACAUGGCCACUGUUUUCAGUAUUUUACCAGUACCUGGAGCAAUCAAAGUAUCGUGUUAUGAACAAAGAUCAGUGGUACAAUGUAUUAGAAUUCAGCAGAACAGUCCAUGCUGAUCUUAGUAACUAUGAUGAAGAUGGUGCUUGGCCUGUUCUUCUUGAUGAAUUUGUUGAGUGGCAGAAAGUUCGUCAAACAUCAUAGCAAGAACUGUUGUGAAGAAAAUGCAAACCUUUUGAUUCCCACGUGUAUUCAAGCUCAUGAGAUGAGGGGGAACAGUCCAGAGGGUGCAUUUUCAGUCAUAUGAAAGACUUCUCAUAGUACUUUUUUCCUUUUUUUUAAAGGAGGUUUUCUUGUUACAUGUGAUGGGCGUUGAGCCACACCUCUUCUUAGACUGAAUAUUGAAGUUUUGUUUUGAGUUAUGUUUAUAACGUUUAUUUCAGAACAAUAAAGAUUCAGAUUUGUGACAAAGGCCUUAAAGUGAAGA